GGAUCAGCAACAGUUGAUCGUCGGCUUCCACUCGGUGCAUACAGCUCUAAGAACCCCAAUCCUCAUCCAGGACCAGCCAGAACUUAUCCCAAAAAUUCUAAAAAUGAACUCCCUAACCGUAUUCGCAAUCUUGGCCGCCUCCGUGGCCUUCUGUGCCGGCGAUGUGUCGCACUUGUCGCGCAGCUAUCUGCCCCCCUUGAGCGGUGGCUACACUGGUGGCUACUCCGGCGGCUACUCCUCGUACCCGUCGUACUCGAGCGGAUCCGGAUAUUACUCCGGCGGAGUUGGCUCCAGCUACGCCUCGCCGGUGGUCUCGUCCAGCUACAGGAGCUAUGCGGUGCCGCAGUACACCACUUAUGGCACUCCAUCGCGCACCUAUUUGCCGGCGAACACUGGGUACACCGGCUACACCGGAUAUUCGGGCUACUCCGGCCUAAAUGGCAUCGACACCAAGUACGGCAGCAAUGGCGGCUAUGUCUACUAGGCCAACAUUUCGGGAGGCAUCCUAUCCUGGCCAGCAACAAUGGAGCAAGCGGACAUGUAUAUUCCUAUAAUUUUUUUUUUUUUGCCUCUGCUAAGCUAUUAUUUUGUGCAAUUUAUGAAUACUAAAAUUUUUCAAACGCUUUACACUGAUUAACAUA